AUGAAACUACUCAUCAUAAUGAAUAUUUUAUCAGUAGUAUAUAAUGCUCAAAUAUUGUCAAAUCGAUCACCAUCUGUUGAUAAACCUAAAGUUCAACAAUCAUCUAAUGGACUUACUGGCAUUGGAAAAACUGUAGUGGAUAUUCAAAUUAAUGGAGCUUUAUUGGCAAAUGCAAAAACAGAUCAACUGAUCAAAUGGAAUCCUAUUUAUGAAAAUUCUAAUUCAAAUGAAUACAUACAACUAUCUAUUACAAUUCGUCGUUUGAUUAAAAAAUUGGUUAAACUGGCUAUUCCUCCAGGAUCCGAUGAUGGAGAUUUUGGAAAAGUUAUACUUUCUAAAGUAAAUAUUCCUAUUACAGAAUCUCAAGUGUUUGGUGGAGUGACAGCCGCGCUGUCAGUGAGGUUUUUAUAUCCUAAUGCACAAAAUCUAAAUAUCGAUUCAAUAAUGGAUCAUUUAAAAUCUGAUUAUGUUCGUAAUAGCGAAAUAUUAUCCUUGAAAAUCAUCCAACUUAAAGUGAAUGUUACAGCAGAAAACGUGGAACAGGCCGAUUCAUCUCAACAACCAACAACUGAACUGCGAGCAGUGAACACAGACGGAAGUUUGUCAUCACAAAAUGUACUGCCCGAGGACGGAGUUACCACUGACAAUGUGACAGGAGGUGGACAGCAGGACGGAGGAAGCACAACACAGACGGAAACAGAAACAAUAAGUCAUCCAAUGCCUUCGCCAACUGAGCAUCCAUCAACUGAAGUUACAGCAGAAAACGUGGAACAGACCGAUUCAUCUCAACAACCAACAACUGAACUGCGAGCAGUGAACACAGACGGAAGUUUGUCAUCACAAAAUGUACUGCCCGAGGACGGAGUUACCACUGACAAUGUGACAGGAGGUGGACAGCAGGACGGAGGAAGCACAACACAGACGGAAACAGAAACAAUAAGUCAUCCAAUGCCUUCGCCAACUGAGCAUCCAUCAACUGAAGUUACAGCAGAAAACGUGGAACAGACCGAUUCAUCUCAACAACCAACAACUGAACUGCGAGCAGUGAACACAGACGGAAGUUUGUCAUCACAAAAUGUACUGCCCGAGGACGGAGUUACCACUGACAAUGUGACAGGAGGUGGACAGCAGGACGGAGGAAGCACAACACAGACGGAAACAGAAACAAUAAGUCAUCCAAUGCCUUCGCCAACUGAGCAUCCAUCAACUGAAGUUACAGCAGAAAACGUGGAACAGACCGAUUCAUCUCAACAACCAACAACUGAACUGCGAGCAGUGAACACAGACGGAAGUUUGUCAUCACAAAAUGUACUGCCCGAGGACGGAGUUACCACUGACAAUGUGACAGGAGGUGGACAGCAGGACGGAGGAAGCACAACACAGACGGAAACAGAAACAAUAAGUCAUCCAAUGCCUUCGCCAACUGAGCAUCCAUCAACUGAAGUUACAGCAGAAAACGUGGAACAGACCGAUUCAUCUCAACAACCAACAACUGAACUGCGAGCAGUGAACACAGACGGAAGUUUGUCAUCACAAAAUGUACUGCCCGAGGACGGAGCUUCCAGUCAUCAAAAUAUUGUUCAUUCAAACGAUGUUUUAGUUCCUCAUUACGAAUGUCAAACUUCUCUGAAUCAAUCUUCUAAUUGUGAAAGUUCGUCUGAUACAGGUUAG